GGGAACUAAUAUUUCUACCCGGUUCUAUUUAGAGUGAGAACACAGACCAUUGGGAUGGUUGUUUUCGCGCUUUAAAAAUUAAAUCUGCUCUGUCUAAACAACGAAAAUGGCGGUUCCUGGCCCGAAUAAGGACAAUAUUAGAGCUGGAUGCAAGAAAUGCGGAUAUCCUGGCCACUUGACAUUUGAGUGCAGAAAUUUUGUGAGAGUUGAUCCACAGAAAGACAUUGUUCUGGAUGUAAGUAGCACUAGCACAGAGGAGAGUGAAGAGGAAGUCUUGGGUCGAAGUGGACAAAGUCGUCGAGACACUUCUGAUGAUGACCACACAAAAGAGAGGCACAAGCAGAAAAAGAACAAAGAAAAAAAAUCAAGAAAGAGAUAUUCUUCACCAUCAAGUGAUGAACAAGCCACCAGGAAGAAAAAGAAACGCAGCAGGUCCAUCUCUGCAUCUGAUGAUGAGUUGCAAAGAAAGAAAAAGAAGUUGAAAAGCCACAAGAAGAAAAGUAAGAAGAACAAAAGGGAGCACGCGAAACAUAAGAAGAGACAGAGAAAGAGGAAAAAGGAAAGCUCCUCUUCCUCCUCCAGCUCAAGUGAAUCUGACACUAACUGAACUGAGCAUAGUUUGUUUUUUCAUUUUUCAUUCCAUUAGCUUUCUUAGCAUAACUUAAAAAGUAAUUUGUUAUACUGGACUGUUGCUAGGUGGUGUAAAAGGGAAGAGUGGGCCAGCAACACUGAAAAAUAUGCAGCCUGUCUUCUAUUUUGAUCUUGGAAUUAUAUUUGGUUACCUUGGAAAGGUGUGUAAAGCAUAAGAAAAUUAGUGUAGAUCUUUAUAAAAUAGGCUAAGUGAUCAUUGUGCUUCUCUGGACAAGCACAUUCAGUGGGGCUCCUUUUACUUGAACUGAAGGCUUUUAACGCAAAUGCCUACAGUUUGAAGUUGUAAACCACUGAUUGUAUGAUACCUCAAUACUCAAUAAACAAGCAACCUUUUUAAUGUAACUUAUUAGCACAACCAGUUGAGUAAUAAUCGACUCAUGUUAAUCAUCUUUUUGAUAUUUCUGAUUUUACAGAUACAUGAAAGAUAAAUUGUUGACUAAAAAUAAGCUGAGGAACUAAGAUGUGGAGUGUAAUUUAUACAUUAUAUGUACAUUGUUUAUAAAUGUUUUUUUUUUUUUUUUUAAGUUGUUGAAAUAUGUUAUUCUGUUAUUCCUGAAUGACUCGGUCAUUUAUGAUCUCCACUUAAGUCUUCACAAAUACAAAAACAUGCACCAAUUUUCAUUUUAGUGAUAGCAAUUACACAAUAGUUGACUUUUAAUAGCGUGCAGGGAGACACAAGCACACAAUUUGGGUGGUGGAAUGGAAAAUACUUUCCAGUAGAUGGCAGCAACAUACAGUAAUGCAGUCUUAACUAGUUAUAUUGCCAAAAUAUGAGGACCCAUUUGAAUAGUUUCACUGGAAUAUACAGUUGGCAAGAUAAACAAUUUUUUUAAUAAAGGUUUUCUUUAUUAUCACAAUACCAUCUUUAUUCAACAUAAAUCUCAUAGAACUUAGUACAUUACUUACUGCUUUUACAACCUAAAUAUGAGUUUGAGCACCCAUUUUCUGCAAAACAUAAAAGAAUAAGAAGCUUUUGUAUACGUGACCCUCAUGUGAAAAAUGGUUGCUCAAAUAAUCUAAAAAUGCAAAUUACAAACUUCUUAGAACUAUGAUAAUUGAGAAAAAAAUAUUUAAAGACAGUAAAUGAUAGAGCUCAUAUGUGCUGCCAUUUUGGGACGGAUGUUACGUCGGUUUAUACCCAAGCUACACAUUUUUACAUAUCAAUGACAAGUAUUCUGAUGUUCCUACACUAUUCACAAUAGGCUACAAUCUUAGCAGAUACUAUUUAUGUACAGCACGUAAAUGCUGAUAUACAUUGAACACACUUAUAAAAAAGCAAAAAUAAGUUCGGUGCACAUAUAAGUUACUACACCUGUUCUGGUGUUGCAUUUUUUUCCUCUUUUUCCAUCCACGCUCAAGACCAGACCAGCAAACAAGCAAGGUCUUUUUUUUUU